GUGUCAAUAUAUAAAUAUAUAAACUCUCAAGUCUCACCUGUAUAUACUUUUCUUUAUUUAUUAAUGACACUAGUGUAUAGUUUUUCUUUCUUUUACACAUUAAAACACACAAAAACUUCAUACCAUGGCUGAAGCUCCCAACUUCCUGGCAACUCAACGGAUUGCAGUUGUAAGUGGAGGCAACAAAGGGAUAGGAUUAGAAAUAUGUAGACAACUAGCAUCAAAGGGAAUAUUGGUGAUUUUAACAGCAAGAGAUGAGAAAAAAGGGAAUGAAGCUGUCAUUAAUAUGUUAAAGAUGGAUGGCCACUCUAAUUAUAAUAUCAUUUUUCAUCAACUUGAUGUGACUGACAUUUUUAGUAUUGUAAGACUCAAAGAUUUCAUCAAGGACAGAUUUGGCAAACUUGAUAUCUUGGUGAAUAAUGCGGCAAUUCUUGGAGUGCUUUUGGAUAAAGAUUUUAUUAUAAGCCCACAACAAGACUUAUUCAUUGAGAAAAUGAAGGUAGCCACUCAAACUAUUGAUAUAGCUGAAGAAUGUAUAAAAACAAAUUACUAUGGUGCAAAAUGGAUGAUACAAGAAUUAUUACCUCUACUUCAAUUAUCUGAUUCACCACGUAUUGUCAAUGUCUCCUCCUCUGCUGGAAAGCUCCAAAAAGUACGCAAUGAAUGGGCUAUUGGAGUCUUAAAUGAUUGUGAUAAUCUAACAGAAGACAAAGUGGAUGAGGUUUUGAAUGUUUUUCUCAAAGAUUUUAAAGAGGGUUUGCUAGAAAUAAAAAAUUGGCCAACAACUGUAUCUGCUUAUGUCCUAUCAAAAGCAGCCCUAAAUGGUUACACAAGAGUAUUGGCUAAAAAUUACCCAAAUUUUCUCAUAAACUGUGUUUGUCCAGGUUAUGUGAAAACUGAUAUAUGUUGCAAUUGUGGCACAUUAACUGUUGAAGAGGGUGCUCAAAGUCCUGUUUGGCUUGCUCUUUUACCUCAAGGAAGUCCAUCAGGAAACUACUACAUUAGGAAAGACCUUUCACCUUUCUAAUGAUAUUGAGAAUCUCGCGAUGAUAGCUAUGCUGCUCGGACUUCUAAAAAAAUGUUACUGUAUUCGUGUUAGAUUUUUUUUUUAAAUACAUAGUCUGUAGAGGAUCCGACAUAUCCGAUGACCAUAUUUUCGUAUAGGUUUAUGGACAAAGUUAUGCAGCAACAUAUUAUAAUGUAUAAAUUGUAAACUGUAAUUUGUAAUACAUAAAUUAAAAAUUGUUGGAUUA